AUGUCCUUAUGGGUACCUUUCGAAAAGUUCAAUCUGGAACUGCUGAAACGUACAACUAUAUACGACAGACAUCAGUUAGAGAACAUGUAUGGACAGUGGACAACAUAUGCCAAUAGUAUCGCAAACGUACUGAUGAUGGUGCCUAGUCCCGAUGAAUCUGAUUCAUGCGUUGGACAUUUGGAGCAUCAACCUAUAUUCCAAUCCACUCUGACAAAUAAAGCCAAAUGUAAUGUCCCAGCAAAUUGCAAAAUGUACUUAGAGGCCGGGUCUGGUUUUGGUUAUGCAUUAUUGCACAGAAUCUUGCUUUUUGUUAAUUCAAAGUAUGGUCGAAAUUGUGCAAUGUUCUCCGAAAAAGAGGACAAGUACCUUACAGACAAAUUGUGUUUCAUGGCAUAUAAUGAGAACCAGUACAUUGCUCUCAGUGACUUUGCAGUGCCUGAUUUGUUCGGGGAAAGCAUUGCACUUUGCGGUUUGCUCGGUCAUGCCCAUUUUUUAACCAAUUUCUGGGUAAAAAGUAUCAUGAUGCAUCAAAAAGUAGAUGGGUGUUUUAUGGCAGACGUAAGUAAAAGUAAUGAAGACUUCAAUGAAAAAACUGUGAACGAAACGAAACAAUGGUCGUUAUCGCAGGGCAAUGAUAUGUUGAACGGAUUUUGUAAUAAGCACAUGACGUCGGUAGCCUUGUUGAAGGUAUGGAGUGGAUAUGAUGAUGGAGUCAAGAGACAGUCGAGGGAACUCCUCGAGAAUUUAUAG